GCGGCAGAGGCAUUCAGUAAAGUUCAUAAAAUAGAACUUUGAUACAAUGCACUUUCCCUUCGCAUCUUUUUAUCUUUUGGAUUUUGAAGAUGAUACUCCGUAUGUGCAAUUAAUUUCCAUUGACUUGCUGAUCAAGAUUUAAGUGCUGUGGGUUCUUAGUUCUAGUUCCUGUUUCAUUUUGAAGUUCAAUUCAUUAUCAAUGGGAUGUUGUCCCAGCAACAGACACUAGCCAAACUAACAUGGAAGGAAGUAUGAAAUAAGCAGACAAUCUUUAAGACUUAGAUUCAGCAAAAUGAAUGUGAUGGUGCUCCUCAGUGCAUGUUUUCUUCAGAAGUUCUUGCAGUGAUCAUAUAGAUGAAAUUCCAAAUACAUUUUAACGGUAGAUUGUACAAUGUGCCCAAGUAGCUCGGUAUUGAAGCUUAGUUGUUGUUGUUGAUAUAUUGUACAGUGUUCCAUCAGGGAACAAUAGAUCUCUCCAACUAGCGUCUCAGCAAGGAUGGCCAUCUGUUCCAAGCAACCUUUUCCGAAACCUUGUCGAGCAUGCUGGGCAGGUGAUGUCAAUAGAUUUUCAUCCAACAAAGAUGGCUCUCCUCAGUUCUUGUGAUAGCAAUGAUGAGAUUAGAUUGUGGGAUGUCAAUAGGGGUGAUUGCAAACUCAUUCUUAAGGUUGGUGUCUCUAUUUCCAUCCUUUCUCUUUUUAGAUAUUGAUAAAGAGGUAUCUCUAUUUGACAAACGAAGGCUCCAUAAUUUGAUAAUUAGCUGGCUUUUUUGUUUCCAUUUCAAUAUGGAGAUUACUUAAAAACUCAGACCUAGACAAAUGAUUAAUUCAUCUUCUUCUUACUCUACUUCCUUCUAGAAUUGGCUUUCAUUCUAACUUUCCUUCUGACCUGCAAUAAGUAUUGACACCUCUUUAUUUCGGGACCACCAUUUCUCUUCUUCUCUUCUCUAUCUAAAUCAAUUUUUUUACUCUUUUUUCCCAACAACAACUCAAUUCGCUCAUUCUCUUCUCGUCUCUCUCUCUCUCUCUCUCUCUCUCUCUCUCUGUGCAUUCUUCUGUCUGUAAUCCAAGUGGGAUUGGUUCUUGAGCCUCUUUCUUAAUCUUUCCCCAUUGUUCUUGCUCAAACCUUCUAUCUCUUCUCUUUUUGUGGUUAAGAAAUGCUUUGUUUUUUGUGGUCAUGGCUAGUUUGGAGGCUCGACACUCACUUGAACUUGUCAUUCUUGAAUACAUGGCUUAGAGAGGUUUCCAUCAGGUGGGUGAGGUGUUCGCUAUUGAUAUUAUUGCUAAUCCAAAUCUUGUUGGGCGCGCAGACAAUGGAGAACAUUGUGCCUAAUAUCAAUCCUGAAAAGUCAACUUAUGCUCCUAAUCAUAUGGGAGCAAACAUCUCUAGUGUGAUGGCUCCAGAUGGGAAUACAGGUUCGUUGCUUGGACAAGGGCCGUCUGCACCUGCUGUUACAGCGUUUGCACCUGGCAUAAACUUGGGAGGACCUACGCUAACGGAACCAAAUAUUCAUGCCCCUGCAAAUGCUUUGCCUGCUUCACCAGAACUUGGCCGUCUGCACCUUUUGAUACCUAAACUGAUGAGUGAGAGUGAUGCAGUUACCAAGUGAAAGUCUGACGACUUGCAUCUUCUUUGUUUGGGGCUUAUGAUAUUGUGAAGUGUGCUCUCUUUUCUGAGCUCAUAUCUAGGAUGCCCCAAAGCAACUUGUUGUAACUAGGGGUUAUGGAUUUGACCAAAAAGCAUAGUUUUGCCGUUUUGAUGUAUGGUGCUUUAGUCUGAGUGUAGGAGUUGUGAGCGGAAUAUAGAUAAUACUCUGAAGACUUAUUUUUUGUCUUAAGUUUAGAUGAACAUGUUAAAAGAUAGAAAAAAAAUGCUUUUUGCUUUAGUCUGAGUGUAGGAGAUUUCUCUGUGAGCAAAUGGAACCAAAUCUUUGUUUUGCCUCGUUGGCCAGAACCUUUUGAUGCGGGUUUGUUUGUACCUUGGCUUCAAAUAUUUCAUAUGUAGUUUAUAGAAUCUUUUGUCUUUGGCAUUGA